AUGAGGCAGUUCGCAGAUGCAAAUCAUCUGUACCGCAGUACUGAACCAAACUGUGGCACCCCCAAAUUUGUGUUGUUAAAUGAAGAUAUCCUGACUUGGUUUUUGCUUAAAGUGCUUUUAUCUGUUUUUAUUUUCCUACUUUCAGGAAGAACACAAUUUAAAGUGGUAAUUAAAGCACUUUCUCCAAAAGAGAUCACCAGAAUUUACACUCCUCACCCUCUGGAUAGAAAUGAUGGCACAUUUCUUAUGCGGUAUCGGAUGUAUGGGAGUGUCAGAAAAGGGCUAAAGAUUGAGAUACUUUAUGGUGACAAGCAUGUAGCUCAAUCUCCUUACAUUUUGAAAGGACCUGUUUAUCAUGAAUAUUGCGACUGCCCUGAAGAAGACCCUGAGAUCUGGCAGAAUGUUUUCUCUUGCCCAUCCCAAGAGCCUCAGAUUACAAAGGACUUCAUUCCCUUUCCCACCAUUGACCUGCAGCGAAUGUUUAAAGAAAUCCCAUCAAAGUUCAGUCAAACAAGAGGUGCCAUUGUUCAUUACACUAUUCUCAAUAAUCGCAUCUACCGUCGUUCCUUAGGGAAAUACACAGACUUCAAAAUGUUCUCUGAUGAAAUGUUACUGUCACUGGCAAGAAAGGUUCAUCUCCCCAAUGUGGAGUUUUAUCUUAAUGUUGGAGAUUGGCCAGUUGAGUACCGAAAAGCCAAUGAUACGCCUGGGCCCAUUCCCAUCAUCUCAUGGUGUGGCUCUGUGGAUUCGAGAGACAUCAUCCUUCCAACAUAUGACAUAACCCAUUCAACUCUUGAAACCCUGCGUGGUGUCACAAAUGAUCUCCUUUCUAUUCAAGGAAAUACGGGCCCAUUCUGGGACAACAAAACUGAACAAGCUUUAUUUAGAGGUCGAGACAGCCGAGAAGAACGUCUCUAUCUUGUCAAGUUAUCCAAGGAAAAUCCAGAACUACUAGAUGCUGGAAUAACAGGGUAUUUCUUCUUCAGAGAAAAAGAAAAGGAGUUGGGAAAGGUUCCACUGAUGGGCUUCUUUGACUUCUUCAAGUACAAAUACCAAGUGAAUGUUGAUGGGACUGUAGCAGCUUACAGGUUUCCAUACCUCUUGCUGGGUGACAGCCUAGUACUGAAGCAAGAUUCCCAAUACUAUGAACAUUUUUAUACUGUAUUGAAACCAUGGAAACAUUAUGUUCCAGUUAAGAGAAGUUUGGAAGACUUGCUAGAGAAAAUAAAAUGGGCUAAGGAAAAUGAUGAAGAAGCACAAAAAAUUGCUAAGGAAGGACAGUCAAUGGCAAGAGAAUUACUUCAGCCUCACAGACUUUACUGCUACUACUACAAAGUGCUCCAGAAAUAUGCCGAACGCCAAGCCAGCGAACCUGAAAUACGGGAUGGAAUGGAACUUGUACCUCAGCGUGAUGACAGAGACUCAGUAUGCAGCUGCCACAGGAAAAAGCCUUUAAGGGAAGAUCUAUAACUGUACCGGAUGGAGAAAAUCACCCACUUACAAUGCAAGAAUUUAAAUAGGAUUUAAGCUGUGAAAUCUAAGACACUUACGCACUAGCAGAGAGUUUUAGUUAUAUAUUCUUACUGUAUUUACAUACCCUUUUUCACACUGACUCUGGUCUGCAGCAUUGGUUCCCACAGUUUUGUCUCUAUGACCGCCACCAGGCAGAUACUGAGCCUGUAAUGGGGAGCAUUCAGGGGACUUGGUUUAUGUAUUGCAUCAUCACGGAGGAAGAAUGGAGUGCUGCUCAUGAUCCAGAUGGGACCCAGAUACCUGCGUUUUGUGAGGAACCUGUCAUCCAAAAGAGAUCUCCCAUGAGUCAGGGCAAGUUAAUCUAAAGGAGCAUUUGCAACAUUCUAAAGCAGUGUUAUGAUUUCUUCAUAAAGUUUACCUCAGUUUUAGAUUAUUUCUUGUAUACAAAACAAUUUUCUAACUAGACAAAGAAAAGUAAUAUUUGAGAUUUACAGAUAUCAAAUCUGGUGUUGCUUUGAGAUCAUUUUGUGAUAUAUGAUGUAAUAGAAUAAAGAACAUGAUUUAAUCUUUAA